GGCGCAGGAACGAGCUCGUCAUAGUUCGAAACGCCGCAUUCCUUGGCUGCGCGCACACAGAUAGCCACCCACCCACCAAUCCAAUCCAGAGCAGAGGAACACGCGACAAACCAGUCACAGCUGGGCGUAGCAUGAUUCACCAGUUGGAUAGCCAGACGGAGGGCCAGAUCCGGCUGCUCGGCGUGCCAGGUGCCGUUGCCCAGCCGCUGGCAUUGGCCCGCAAGGCUGGCGGCGCCAACAGGAGCAGCAGCAGCAUGGAUCAGCUGACGGCGCCGGAGAACGAACUAUUCGAGGGCUAUUCGGACGAGCUGCUGACAUUCGCAUGGAUCGCGUGCAUUGCGUUCAUCAUUGUCGGUGUGCCCGGCAAUCUGUUGACCAUUGUCGCCCUGUCGCGCGGCAAACAGACGCGCAACUCGACGGCGAUAUUCAUCAUAAAUCUAUCCUGUUCGGAUCUGCUCUUUGGCUGCUUCAAUCUGCCGCUGGCCGCGUCCACCUUUAAGGAGCGCGCCUGGACGCACAGCGAUCUGCUGUGCCGCCUCUUUCCGCUGCUCCGCUAUGGCCUCUUGGCCGUAUCCCUGCUCUCCGUCUCGCUGAUCACCAUUAAUCGCUACAUCAUCAUUGCCCAUCCGCGUCAGUAUCCACGCAUUUAUCAGCGUCGAUAUUUGGCGCUCAUGGUGGCGGGCACCUGGCUGGUGACGUUCUCGAUUAUGAUACCGACGUGGCGCGGCGUCUGGGGCCGGUUUGGCUUGGACACCAGCAUCGGGUCCUGUUCGAUAUUGCACGAUAAGUACGGUCGUUCGCCCAAGGAGUUCCUUUUUAUGGCGGCCUUUAUGCUGCCCUGCAUCUGCAUUGUCAUCUGCUAUGCAAGAAUCUUUCUGCUGGUCCGUCAGGCGGCGAUGCGGGCGGGUGCCAAGAGCUCCGAGCUGGCCAUAACGCCGCCGAUACAAAUGCCCACGCUAGCACAGAAGCCGCCCGUUGCCGUUGACAAGCCAAAGGAUAAAGGCAAGGCCAAGAGCAAGGAUAAGCGGAGGGAGCAGGACAAAGAUGAGGAUUCCGGCACAUCGCGUCCCUUUGUUGUCGCCGAGAGUCUGGCCUAUAUCGACGACAACGCCUCCUCGGAGAGUUUUCCCAUCUCGUACAGCAUCAAACAGGAGGCGCCUAUCGAUGCCAAUGUCGUGCUCCAGGACAAUAAUCUCGCCAAUAACAAGCAUUCGGUUUCUGGAUCCGCUCCAGCAACGGGUUCUGCCACUGCCGAUGCGACAGUCAACAAAUCCCAGACCCAGCCGGAGCAGGGCCGCAACUCAAAGAACCCAAUCACCACAUCGCUGCGCACUUCGUUCACCCGGUUCAGUCCACGCAAAUCGCACUAUGUGUCCAUGGGUAAUACGUCGAACGCGUCGUCGAUCUAUCCGGGCCGGAUGAGCGUCAAGGAUCGGCGACUGCUCAAGAUGAUACUGGUGAUAUUUGUGUGGUUUGUCAUCUGCUAUCUGCCCAUUACGGUGGCCAAGAUCUGGAAGAGCGCCAACGAUGUGCACGUCUUCAACAUAAUGGGCUAUCUGCUGAUCUAUCUGACCACCUGCAUCAAUCCGCUGAUCUAUGUGCUGAUGAGCUCCGAGUACAGGCGCGCCUACUGGAAUCUGCUGCGCUGCCACCAGUCCGAGCAGCAGCAGCAGCAGCAGCGGGCCCUCAAGAAGCAUCUCGAAUCAAAUCGGGCGCUCAAAACGUGAUCCAUGUGGCAGUCGAGACGCAUCCCGAGUUCCGUCCCAGCAGUGAAUAUCCAUAUACAUACAUACAUACAUACAUAUAUAUGCUAUGAAGAAAGGUUUUUCCAGAAAAGGUGUGACCGCAUUAUUAAAGGGGAAUACAUAUACCCAUACAAAUCCAUAUCCAUAUCCAUAUCCAUAUCCAUAUCUGUAUCCGUUUCCGUCUAAAAGCUUACUUUUAUAUUGAAGCUUUCUAGAGCCCGUACAUUGAUAUACCUAUGUAUAUUAUAAAAGAUAUGACCGUAUACUAACUGGCCUAGAAAUCCAUAUCCGUACGCCCAUUUAUACGCGUAUAUAGUGCUAUAUAGUAUGCCCUGAUGGCAUACAAAUCCACCUGCAUAACCGUUAAACUUUUAUGCAUCAUAAUAUAGAAAGAUUAUAUCUCUAUAUAUAAAUAAUAUAGGGUCACACCUUUUGGUAUGAUAUAUAUCAUACCUAUAGAUGUCAAAUGUUACGCAUAUCCAUAUUUUCAUUUACAUAUACAUAUAUAUCCACAAAAUACGAUAAAUCCCAUAUAGAGAUAUAUAUGUUAUAUAUGUGAUAUAUAGACGAUUUAUAUAGUUAUCAGACUGAAUGACAUACUUAUUUGUCAUUCAGCUAGAUAAUUGUCUAGUUUAUUCGAUAUACAUAUCAUAUAUAGGCUCCAAGUCGAUAGCUUUAUUGAAUAUGGAUAUUGGAUAUGGAUAUGGAUAUGAAUAUCGAGUUAAGGUCGCUGCUAACUUUUUUUUUUUGUGUAACAAAGAU